AAUCCCACGUCAGAAAGUUCGCGGCUCGCGUAGACUGCGGUUGGAAUAUACGCGACACCGACGACGAGACAGAUCCGGUUCGCGAAAGUAGCGAGAAUUUGUCGCGAAUAAAGUGCAAGGAGUCGGAUUCCUCGAUGACCGGAACGACGGGUUUCGUGGCCAGUUAGAGCAUUCAAGCGAGCCAAUUAAUACGAAACUCGGCUGGACAUUAGCAAAAAGAAAUCGACUAGCAGCGUGUACAAGCGAAAUAAUGGAACAUUGUGAAAACAUGCUCUCACUGGCAAGGUCACCGCAUAACAAGAGUUAUUAUAAUAAUUUUUUUUCGGCGAGGUUCUAACGAAAAUAUUAUUUUAUAACGCGCCGAAGGCCGACCGUCUCGCUCGUAUCGGACACGUAAUAUUUUAUCGUUGCGACUGAAUAUUGUCGAUCAAAACUCUCGCGAUGCGGAUUUAAAGGUUAAGGUGCGGAAACGUCGGUUUUACUCCCGAUUUAUUCCAAAUAAAGUAAGAAAAGUGAGCAAACGUAAUUACGCCCGCGUAUAAUUGGUUGCAUACUCCCGGUGUAUUCACUAGUUUCCAGUGCCGAAUAAUAGGUAUCUGGUUAUAAAAGAUCGGAGUCGUAAUAUAAUGAGAUCGGUCGAGAUGACGGCUCCCUGGCAAGAUGAAGAGGAAGACGUCGAGGUGGAAGACAUGGAAAUCGGAAAGCACGACCUCAACGGAAGGGACGACCUCUCGGAAUCGAGCAGCGACGAGGCAACCGGCAAAAAGAGGCGGAAACACGGAGGUAGCGCGUCGAGCGGCAGCGCGUCCAGCGGCACGACGAUCAGGCGACGGAAGACGUGUAUCAGCGCGCGAGAGAGAAACUUACGAAGACUGGAAAGCAACGAGAGAGAAAGAAUGAGAAUGCACUCGCUGAAUGACGCGUUCGAGCAACUUAGGGAGGUGAUACCGCACAUAAAAAUGGAACGGAAGCUGAGCAAGAUAGAGACGCUGACGUUGGCGAAGAAUUACAUCAUGGCGCUGACGAACGUCAUCUGCGAGAUGAGGGGAGAAGAAAAGCAUUAUACGUUCCAAGACGUGGAAAGCGACAGCAACAUCGAGCUGGAGACGGGCGAGGAGGCGGCAAACCGCGAACCCAACAACAACAGCGUGUACCAACAGAACCUGGAACCGGCGCGGGUCGAAAGCACCCGCUAAACGGGCCUAGUUUCCAGCUCAACUGGAAAGCCGGAACUCACGUGCACGGGUGCCGCUGGCUAGUCAAUUAAACGUCAGGACCCGGUUCCAAGUCAAUUUCAAACUCUACGCGUUUGAAAACUUACGUAAUAACGGAAAAACCAAAACGAGUAUUACUUGAUUGCAACGUUCCAUUUUUGAAAUGUGAAACCAUUCCAUUUUCGCUUAGGUUAGGACUAUAAUGUGAACCGCGCUGCGUGUUGUUUACACACUAUAUAUUAUAUUUCCGGAUUAUAUUUAUAUAUUGUAUAUCGCCGCCCGCUUUUUACAGGGUAUGAUUCCGUAACGGGGCCUUAAACGGGGCCUAGCGAGCGGGCCGUAUCGUCCCUGUUGAAAUUCGACACGACACCAGCUUUGUCGCUGUUAUUUUCUGCGAAAUACCGCAGACCACUAUGUCUUAAUCCGUGGUCCAUGGAGCCUUGCGGCUCUUCUUACAAUCUAUUGGCCCACGUUGUUAAGAUGAUUCGGCCAGGUGUCGUGACGUAUUACGGCAGGGAACCACGGGGUUUAGCAAAUCUUGUUGAUUGUGUUGUGAUUUAAUGUGCUUCCUUAUAAUAUGCUUUUGCGAAACGAAAGUUUAGACGACGGUCGCUUUUACGUGUACAAUAACAUGAACCAGGUUUAAGUCAUAUCGUAUACAGUGUAUAUUUUGUGGCAGGAAUUAGGUGUCUCUUGCCGAAUUACGACGUCAAGUCUGAAAAAUAUUAACACUAUAAGAAUCACUCGCGGUGAUAAUUUGUUUAGUCCCAUUUUUUGUUAAGAAGAAUGUAUAUGUACUUACGUGUACGUUAAAUAAUUUCGCGCUAGGGAAUAUUUAUUUUUUCUUUGUUGAAUCCGUGUUUUAUAUUUUAUUUUUCCAUUAGAUAUCGCAGUUAGUAAAGAGAUUAUUAGGAAAAGUAACGCCUAUAAACCUAUAAAUGUAUAUAUGCGCGUUUAUAUGGCACUAUUUUUGCAUUUCUAGAUUAAUUGUAGUGUAAUUUGUAAACGGCAGUUUAUUAGUGGGCAAAAUGUUACCUGAGGUAGAGUGCGCGGGGUAUUUUGUAAAUACUCAUUAUAUCGAAGCUCAAAUUAUGAAAUGAGGGAUCCGAGCGUACCAAUAAUUCACAAUGAGAACUAUACACUUGGACGAAUCACGUAUUGUUAAUUUGGUACGUCACACUCUCUACGAUCUAUACAUAUGUGUUAAAACAAAAACAAGCGAGUUCCAAACAAAUUGUGAUAUAUAGUAGAAAAAAAACUUCGGACGACGAGUUUUUUUUUUAGUUAGCGAAGAUGAAAAAUUUUGUUGUCAUAUAUUUUAUGAUGUGUGUAUUAGAAUUUUAAACGUUUAUUAUAAAUAUAUAAACUAUAUAUUGUAUAUCGGGCAAACGAAAAAGAUGUAUACAUAAUUAUUUAAGAGUAUAAAACAAAAAUAUGUUAUUGAGAAAAAUCCGAGAGAUAUAUCAUAAAUAUGUAAAAUUUACGAAAUAUAUGGUGUCAAAUUGUUGGU